GUGGGUGGGGGCUACUGUGACCAGGCUUCCGGUGGCUGCCAGCAGCGGCCGGAAGAGGCCCGCUUCCGGUCUGGUCUGGGCGCUGCAGGCUUGCAACAAACCACCGCGUAUGCUCGUUGAUGGGUAUGUGGCGAAGGCCAUCGUGGUUUGGCACGGAAUGGUUGCAAACAGAUGUAAGAGAGUAAGAAAAUGCUCCGCAUUAUGGGGGCCAUAUGCGGCCCUAACAAUGAGGACGACACUAUGGGACUUUUAUUUUUGGACGCUUUAAGGACUUUCUCAGCGCCAGGUAGCGUUGAAUGCUCUCUAGGGGGAGGACAGCGAGCUCCUAGGGCUCUUUGACUGUCAUUUGAGGCCUGACUCCUGAAUACGACCUCCAAAUUGUGCACUUAAGUCGUGCGAGGAUGGAGAGGGUCAGUUUGAUCCCGAAAUAUUUCCUAAAAUAAUUUCCGAACAGUGUGACGUAGCCACGUCAAACUUUGUUUACAUGUAGGCGAUUUAAUAGCCCGUCUUUUUGUGUGAGAAAUUGUAGGUGCCCCUCAAGGUCGCUGACCUGUGAAAGGUAGAAGCCAGGCCAUGGCUGCCAGGGAAAAUGGCUGCAAGAAAAUCGCUCAAUGUGAUACGGUACGGAGUGUUGGAGGAAGCCAUGCGUUUCUAUAUUUUUAGACAAGAAGACGGUUUAGUGUGGGAUUACGACCAAUUGGGUUUACAUUGGAAUAUGUGUGAAGAUCAGACAGAGGUCAACAACUUAUCGGUUUUAUUGCAGAACUUUUUACUUUUUCACUUUUUAAGAGGUAUUUUUUGACACUCAUAGAAUCUCAAGAGAAUUUCACAUUUACCCCAAUCCACUGGCGUCACAUUCAGCCGUUCACCUGGGCGCGUGUUGAUGAUCGGGCCCCAGGGGCCGGACUUCCCCUCUGGACCUAAGGCGGCGGGGCACGUUCCCCCUGUGCCCUCUCCUGCCUUACGCCACUGGGAGGUAUCAUCAUGUGAACAGAGUCGUUACCUGCGAUCCGCAGACAUCACCCAUGGCGACAAGAGCCGCACUUGGACUGCCCGGGCGCCCGUCGCCUGCUCUUGACGCCCCGUGUCUCCUCCGGCAGGCUGCAGCCCCCGCAGUACAUGUACCAGUCACCGUACGUGUCGCAGAACCCGGCGCUGCUGGCCGGCCUCUCGGCCAGCGCGCUGAGCCCCAGCGCCGGCCAGCAGAUGUACGACUACCAGCCGUACGCGGCCAGCUUCCAGGCAGCGGCCGCCGCCGCCGCCGCCGCCGACCCUUACUCGUCACAGGUGGCAGCAGCGAACGCGUUUAUGCCGCAGUACGCUGGGUACCCGGUGCCCGUGAGCUCGGCUCUGGGGGCGCAGCAGAUCUCGCUGGCCAGCUCGCAGUACGCAGCGGCCGCCGCCGCCGCCGCCGCCGCGCAGGAGGCGCGCAUGCAGUGAUGCCGGCCAUCGCUAGAGGCGCUGGCAUCGCCGCCGGCCGCGGCGGUCCGGCCGGCGCGGCGGGGGCAGCGUCGCGCGGCGCGCCUCAGGGCAGGUGCCCCGGACCCGCCAGCGCCGCCAGCAAGACAUCGCCGACACAGGGCGGCUGCCCCGCACAUGGCGGCGCAGUGCCCCGCGGCGGCGGGGGCUAGCGUUACCACGGCAACGGCCCAGUCGGCCGCUGGCCGCGGGACGAGUCAUCCUCUAGUAUAAGAUUCCCCUCACAGAUGUCGCCGCAGUGUCGGCAGCGUUUUGUUCGGCAACUCCGAAAUUUCCAUAGUCCUCUAUUGUUGGUGGUGUAGGCGUUACCAAUCCUGUUAAUUGUUAACGGAGGUCGCGACUGUGGUCAGUUAUACAAAAUACCGAGGGGCGCGGCACGGUCAAAAUAGGACAUUUAUUCCACUACUUUUUAGAGUCCAGUUUCUAAAGCCUUUGACUUCUCUUCAUGUACCGAUUCGCGCAGAUGCUUUGCUUUUUAGCUUCUUUUUCUACAUUGCUAUCUGUAUUUUUUAACUGUGAUGUUGUGGAGGGGCCUUGGCCCCUACCACCUGACCUGCAAGGUCAAGGCCACUGCUGACCUCAAGCACACCGUCAGGGCAAACGGGGCGGACAUUACAGCUUCCCCGCCAGGCAUUGUUCAUAAUGUUGAUAUACACACACACAUCUACGCGUAUGUUACGUGCCAGGCGAUGGCGGCGCGGGUACAGCGCAUGCGCAGUGCAGCGAUACCGCCGGAGGCAGCUCGGCCCGUCCGGAGUCGGGGCCUGCCUCGGCCACUGUUUAACGUUACCGAUCAUGUGUACUUGUUAGAGUAGGCAACUAGCGUUUAAGGCGGGCGACGCCGCGCGGCGUCCGGCGCGGCGGACGACGGCAGUCGGGCGCGCGCGAGAACGAAUGGCUGGGACAACAGCAAGCGAUGUACAUAGUUGCACACACACACGGCGAGAGACGCGCGCCGGGACGCAGGCGGGCGUGCACCACGUUAGGCUAGACAUGAGGGGUGGCGAUGCGGCGCGGUCGGCACAGUCUUGGCCCGGCUCGCCGGACGUUCUAGUCAGGCCGACGGCGCCGCACGCGCCGCCGGCACCUAGAAGCCGCCUGCCGCUUGUUGACGCGACGAAACCGCUGCUCCAAACAGUGCCUUCGACAGCGUGGUGCCUUACAAGUGCCUGUUUUUACCGAGCGACUGCGGCCGUCGGCAGGCAGCGCUGUUUUCGCGUCCGGCGCGGUCAAAACACAUUUCCCAUUUCCAGCGCGCGCUGUUUUGAAUAUGUUUUCGGCCGGCGACGGUGCAUUGAUUCGACGCCGCCGGGCAAUGCACGCCUGUUCGGCUCUCAAAGCUGCAAUUACACGCCGUCUCCCAUGAAUAAUAGAGCCGGUGGUCGGCUAGACCGGCGUCCGGAAUCAGUGCGCGCCCAUCGACCGCUCGAAGCUCAACAAUAUUUGUGCACUGUGCCACUUUGGCCGGCGAUUGGCCGCCUCGUGCCCACUGUGCCACUUUGGCCGGCGAUUGGCCGGCCGCUCGGCCGCCUCGUGCCCACUGCGCGCCGCGCGUGGGGCGUCUUUCACGCAGACACCGCCGGGGCAGCGAAGGAGGGGUGCCGCCGGGCGCGGCGGGUCGCGCCCGGCGCCGGCACCAGCCGCACGCCACACCUGUGUUCUGUUGCUCAAUGCGAGACUGGCGCAGCUGUCUGGUGCAGGCGAGGCGAGGCGGGGCGUGCGGUGGCGCGGCGCCCGGCGGCGCUGACGCCUGCCGACCUUUGGCCUUUGUCCGGCGCCGGUGCAGCGCGGACCGUCCGGGAGGCCGCGCCGGUCUGGGCCGGUCCGGUGUCGGUCCGGUCGCCUCCGGUGUCCGUCGCUAAGUCCGGGCCCCCCAGGUCACGUGGGAGGGACGCCUGGGACUCGAUAUCGUUUAUUGGGCGGCCCCCGGUGUCCGCUAGAUAGGUGACUGGUUCAGUGUAAGCAGACAGACAGGUUUAUGAUCUGUGUAAAAAUGUAGUAAAUUAAUAGGCAUCAAUAAACGGAGGAAAAAGCG